UCAGAAUCAAAUAGCCUUUCAUGGUCAGCAGAAUGUGUGUCCUAGAAGUUUAUUCCACAGAACUGGUGAAUUCCUCUUUUGAUCCACAGCUGAGUCUAAAGAUCCUGAAUUCCUGGUGUUGUUUCUGCUGAUGCUAACUGCAUGAAUGAAAGCAGCUUAGGAUGUGUGCAACCUGCCUUGAUGCUUUGAAGUACAUAUAAGGCUUGUGGAAAGUCCUGGAAUCCCACUUCAGAGAUGGAAAUCUUUAUCUACAAGGCAAAUUCAGGAGCUGGUAGGGAACUGCUGUGGAGAGAGCAGACAGCCCCCCCUGCAAGAGGCAGCAAGGACAAAUAGAGGGGAUGUCACUUGCUGGCUUUGUUCUCUGUGGAGCAGCAGCUGAGCACUUGGCAUUGCCUUCACCUCCGUGCAGCAGCACUCCCUGAACAGGCUGAGGUGGCACCUGCAAGGUGCUGUCACUGUCAAACCCACCUUGGCCCCAGACAGAGCAGUGUCCUGGGAGUUCAGUCAAUGCUCUCGUUUAUGAAUGUGAAAUCAGAGUCUAUAGACUGAAUUACUUGGGAAGAAAAUGAAGAGUAGUGCCAGGCCUUGGAGUGCAAUAGCAAAGCAAGGGAGCCAUGGGGUUGACAGAGGAAAACCUCUUUCCACCACCUCCACAGGAAUGAAGACAUCCAAAUCCUCCACUUCCCUUGCCUUUGAAUCCCGGCUCAGCAAGCUGAAGAGGGCGAGCAGCGAGGACAUGCUCACCAAACCUGGGCCAGCAGCAGCUUCAGGGGUCUCCAGGCUGAAGAAGACAAUCACAGCAGGAGCCAUUUCAGAGCUGGCUGAGAGUCGGCUGAAGCCCACAGGAGCGGUUUCGGCUGCGAAGCGCACGGGGAUCCCAGCGCCCCGGGAAUUGUCCUCAUCCGUGUCCAGGGAGAGAGCUGUGCUGCGUGCUCAGGCCAACACCAGGAAAACACAGCCCAGCCCCACCUCUUCUGGUGCACCAACUCCUACCAAACACGUGCGCCCCACCAGCAAGUCCAAGCAAGAGAAUGAAACUGGUGACAAGGCUGUUCUGGAAUCUCAGGUUAAAGAGCUCCUGGCAGAGGCAAAGACAAAAGAUUCGGAAAUUACCAAACUUCGUUGUGAGCUGAAGAAAUGCAAAGAGAAAGGGUCACUCAACGCUGAAGGAAUGGGGGCUUCCAACCAAAAUUUAGAAACAGUAUCACCUGUUGACAUAGAUCCGUUGAUAAGGACCCUUCAGGAGAAAAACAGGACUUUCCAAAAAGAGCUUGCUAGCCUGGGAGAAGAAAACCGUGCUUUGAAAGAGAAAUUGCUUUAUCUGGAGAACUCCCCUCUCUCAGACACGACCACGAGCAGCGGAGGCGACAGCAGCCUGCCAACCCCAACUACCCAAGAGUCGAGCUUUGGGAGCCCAUCCAAGAGCGCGUCGAGGGCUGAAGCGGAGGAGCACAGGCAGCGCGUGAGCGGCGCUGCCCUGCGCAACUCCGGCUCGUCCAGCAGCGAUGUCACCAAGGCCUCCCUGUCCCCCGAUGCCUCCGACUUCGAGCACAUUGCAGAUGUGCCUUCCAGGCCAGCAUCUGCCAGCAGCAACCACUUCAAAGGCUCCAAGUGCUCCACUGCAGGAAGUUCUCCAAACAAUAUUAGCGACCUCUCUGUGGCAUCUCUUACAGAGAGAAUACAAAAGAUGGAGGAGAAUCACCACAGCACAGCAGAAGAGCUGCAGGCCACUUUGCAGGAGCUGUCGGAUCAGCAGCAAAUGGUGCAGGAGCUGACAACAGAAAAUGAGAAGCUGGUGGAAGAGAAAGCUCUCCUGGAGACUUCCUUCCGUCAGCACAGGGAUAGAGCCGAGCAGCUGAGCCAGGAAAAUGAGAAGCUCAUGACUCUCCUCCAAGAGCGCUCCAAGACUGAAGCUCAAGAGGAGAAGGUCCUUGAACUGGAACAGAAAUGUGCAGAAGUUCUUGAAAAAGCACAGUUUGAGAGAGAGAAAUUGCUCAACAUUCAGCAGCAGUUAACCAGCAGCCUGCGAAGCUUAGAAAGGGAGCACCAGGAUGCCCAGCAGGUGAUAAAAAGCCUGAGAGAAGAAAAUGAGAAGCUGCUUAAACUUCUAGAAGUGGAACAGCAGAGCAACAGCACAGUGACAAAAAGUCUGGAGGACUGUAAAAUUGCUUUGGAAGGUCUGAAAAUUGAGAAUGGCUCUCUCAAAACUCAGCUGGAGAAUGAGAAACAAAAGGCUGCAGAAAUCAACGUGAUGGGCUGCACCUCUGACAACUCUGAGGUGCAGGAGAUGCUCAAAGUCGCCCAUGCAGAAAAGGCCCAGUUAGAAGCCUCUUGCACUGAGCUGAAACAAGAGCUGCUGAAGGCAAACAGUGAACUGAAGCACAUUCAGGGGCUGCUGUCUAAGGCUGAGAAUGAGUAUGGUCAGCUGAAGGAGGUGUGUGACCGACAGGCUGAGCAACUGAGCAGGACCAGCCAGAAGCUGCAGGAGAAGACAUCAGAGAAUGAAGCAGAUAUCAAAAACCUGAAGGAGACCAUUUUCGAGUUGGAAGACCAGGUGGAACAACAUCGUGCUAUAAAACUCCACAAUAACCAGCUCAUCAGUGACCUAGAAAGUAAAGCAAUGAAGCUGGAAGAGCAAAAACAAGAUACAGAGAGGCAGCUGAAAGCUCUGACUAAGCAGAUGAAGGAGGACACAGAGGAGUGGAGGCGUUUCCAGGCUGACCUGCAGACUGCCGUGGUUGUAGCCAAUGACAUUAAGUGUGAAGCUCAGCAGGAGCUCCGUGUGGUGAAGAGGAAGCUGCAGGAGGAGGAGGAGAAGAGUGCCAGACUGCAGAAGGAGCUGGAUGAAGUGAAGGGCAGCAGCAGGCUGGCAGCUGAAGAGGUGGAUUCUCUGGAGUCAGACACAGCCAGCCGCUGGCAAGGGGUCUGCCUCAGCAGAGCAUCCCCCACGCCUCCAGAAUCUGCAGCCACUGUGAAGUCACUGAUAAAGUCCUUUGACUUGGGAUGCUCAGGUAGCAGUGGACAAAAUAUCCCAGUUCACAAGGUGCCCAGGAGCCCUCUCAGUGGAAUCCCAGUGAGGACAGCCCCAGCAGCUGCUGUUUCCCCAAUGCAGAGACAUUCUGUGUAUAACAAUGCCAAGCCAGCCAGCAAGGGCAUUGCCAGACAUGCAGAUCUGUCAGACCUCCCUCUGGCAGACCUUCUGAAGGGGAGGAAUGAAGAGCUGAAACCAGACCAUUACCUCCGCAAAAGCCCCUCCCUGGAAUCCCUGAGCAAACCCCCAAUGGCCUUCAGCAGCAGGAUGCUUUCCUCUACCCCCAGCUGCUUGAAACCCCAAAGCAAACUCAGUGUGGAGAGGAAGGACCCCCUGGCAGCCCUGGCCCGGGAGUAUGGGGGUUCCAAGAGGAAUGCUUUGUUGAAAUGGUGCCAAAAGAAGACUGAAGGUUACCAGAAUAUUGAUAUUACCAACUUCAGCAGCAGCUGGAGUGAUGGGCUGGCCUUCUGUGCUCUCCUGCACACAUAUUUGCCUGCACAUAUUCCUUACCAGGAGCUCAACAGCCAGGACAAAAAGAGAAAUCUGCUGUUGGCAUUUCAAGCUGCUGAAAGUGUGGGCAUCAAACCCAGUCUGGAGCUCAGCGAGAUGAUGUACACGGACCGGCCCGACUGGCAGAGCGUCAUGCAGUACGUGGCCCAGAUCUACAAAUACUUUGAGACCUGAGCUGCAGAGCAAGAGGUGGACACAAGUGGGGAAGAGAACAAAGAAUGCUACAGAUGCACUCGAUCACUUUAAAAACCUGCUUGCUCCUCUUCCACAACCAACUGAAGCUCUUAGCGAGAAAGGAAGCUCUUCCGUAGUUUUGAUUCCAUCUGGGACUGCAACCAAAUAAUUCCCUGUUGUCCACCUUUGCAAACCAAAUCCAUUGGUAAGUUUACUCCCACAUGGAAAUUGCAAAGCGUUUUCAAGCACACAUGGGAUAUUUCUGAAGAGGAUCCCUUGGGCUGACGACAUUUGCCUUGACAGGAGACCUGCUACGCAAUGAAGUUUCGAGUCAAUGUGGACUAUGCUGGCACUCAAGGGAGGCUGGGAGAUUAAUAUUAAAUACAAAAGCUCACAAAAAUGCUCUUCUUGCCAAAACAUGCUUAACUCAUCCCAAGCACAUGUUGUUUUCUUUGCCUCCAUGUGUUUUAUAAAACACCUUGACAGAUGCACUUAAGCUGUAGAACCUUAACCUGAGUUACUCUCACCCAAUAACUGCACUAAUUUACUAUAGCAUAACCAGCAGUAUGGUAACAGGAUCAUUUGUAACUCAGAAACAACCCUCUGCUCAUCACCAGUUAGUGAAAUAACUCUAAAAAUCCUGUUAGGUGCUGAGACUUCAUUUCAUCUCAAACAGAGGUAAUCUCUUUGAGGAAAAAUAGGUUUAUUACUCCAACUUCAUUGCUUGAUUACUCCGGGAAGCCAGAGCUUGGUUUCCUGGCUGACUGUGCAGGCACAGUUAUCACAGGAACAUUGAAAUGCAAUUCAGUACCUUUAGCUUGAAAGGUGCCAGUAGUCAGGUGAGCAAUACAGUGACAUCUCAUAUUUUUUGUGGAUUGAGUGGAGUAACUUCUUCCUUCUGUGUUGCUCCUGUCUGGUCAGCACAGCUAUGUCAUUGCUGCCUAGAGGCAGGAAUCUGGAGACAGCCUGUGCCCUGGGCCAUGAAAUACAGCCCAUGGGGCACUGGAACAUGCUUGGAAAUGAUGUCAUGCUGAAAAGGAACACAGUCAUAUAUCAGCACCAGUGGAAGGUGCAGCUUCACUCCACAGAUGACAAACAGUGUAACUGGAACCCGUCUGUGCCGCGGAGAUCAGGCGCCAGGGAGCAGCUCCCACCUCAGUAACACUGCUAGGAAAAUGCCUGAUGGACACUGCUAAGUGUCCAUUAUCCUGUUUCUCUCAUUUCACCUGAUGAAGUUAAUUUUUGUGUUUGUCUCCAAGGAUGGAAGCAUCCAACAGGCUGCUGGAUUAGUUCUAGGAGCAGGUCUUGAGAGCGUGUAAAGGCUGCCUGGCUGCUUCAGGGCAUGAUGGCAGGAGAAAGUUGGGGUUUAGUUACUGUGUUUAACCCCAAGCUUUGUGGACAUUAGUCCUAGGGAGCUAGGGAUCAUUUCUGUCUUGCAAAAGAUACUAGUGCUCACUGCUCCUGCCUCCUGGGAAAAGACUCAUGAAAUGGAAACAAGAAAUUUCACGGAACAAAAUUGGUUGCAGGCUUUCAAGGGCUUUGCAAGUGGCUGAUUUCAGCCUCUGGUUCCCCUUAGUGCUUUGUUGUUUGAUUUGAUUUUACUUUGUAAUGCUAUUUAAUUAAUAAACAACAUAUUUCAGACUUGGUGUUCUCACAGCAGAAUACAGGAUUCAGGAAUAGAUGGUAGAGCCCAGGGCCAGGGAGUGCUUUGAACAAAGAGGAUACUGGAGGAAGGCAGUGCCUGUUCUGGGGGAGGGAAAAAUCAUCUCUUGCUCUUGGUUUCAGUCUGAAAUUUAUUUUAAUCCAUUCUUUUCCUCUGGGAAAGUCCAGUUCCAAUCUUUGGAGACGCUGUGUGAUAAAAAUGGCCAGGGGAGAGCACUGACAGUGCCCCUGCACACUGGCUGUCAUCCUGCCCUGUGAGAAAGCAGCCGAGUGCUGCCACAGGCAGUUCCACAGGGGAGCCCUUUCUGGGUGGAAUUCACUCUCCAGGAUUUCUCAGCACACCCUGCUGUCCAUAGAGAACCCAAGAUGAGUUGCUCUAAAAUACAGGAUAAGAUGGAAGAGGAAAACUGUGCUGAGCAGAGUUCCAUGAGGCAAUUGCACUGCAGAGCCCCAUUGCCUGGGGGAUGCAGCAGCUCUUUUCCCUGGAGGUGUCCCUUGGCAGGGAUCCCAAUUCUCUCCAGCGGGCUGGAGUUCAAAGCUGGAGUGAAGUCAGCACAGAAAAUUCCAUAUUCCUCAGUGGGCUUUGGAUUGGGCACUUGCAGGGAUGAGAAAAACACUUCUAAUUCCCAGUGUGUGGUAAACAACAUCUCAAAGUCAGAGUAAAUGAUGUAAAAAAAGGGAAUUUUAACCCUGUGGUCACUGGAAGGAUGUCCAGUGUGGCUCAGUGUCCACAGGGUGUGUGUUACCUCCUGUGUGAGCAUCCUCUGCUCCCAGGGCUCUUCUGACACUGCUCUGUGUCUCAGGGCUCACUUUACCCUUACAGACCAUUCUGUGGGAUCCAGCACCUUUUUUUUUUUUUUCCCCAAAUGAUUUGUGCAGAGCAAUGUUUCUGUCAUCUCUUUGCUGCUUCCUCUCCUAUGCCCCUCCCAGCAGCAUAGACCAAACACUAAUUCUCCCCAAUUCUAGUGGUGUAUUCCUAAAUUUUUUUACUUAGCUAGGAGUUACAACACAGAGUUGAAGUAGGGAAGAAGAUACUUGAUUUUAUCUUUUCUUCAAUGUUACUGUUCUGUCCUCAAACCUACAAAACAUCUUAUUUUGAUACUUUGAGAGAUGGUUUUCCAGAUUAUUUUUUUAAAUUAAGGGUACUGUUUAUUUGUUCAUUUAACUGUUAUUGGGGGGGUUCUUCCUUUUAAACCUUGCACAGUUACAUUUCUAGACCUUGAUUUUCACAAGUUGCUGUUGUUUUUUUCACACUGCCUUAAAAUUUCAAUAUGAAUUUAAAUUUAUCCAAUAUGAGAUGCUGCAGGCCUGGUUUUCAGAGACUCUACAGGCUCUUGUGAGACAUCUCAGAUUGUAGCUGCAAAAUUAGAGUUCCAGCUGCCUUUAAAGUUAGAGAAUUUAAUUAAGUUAAGCAAGAGGGUAUGUGGAUAGUCUUUACAGAAGUUCUGAGAAUUCUCUGAAAAUGUCCUGGAUGUGAUGAUAUGACAGGGAUGGUGUUGAGCAGUAGGUUUGCCUGAACUGCCUAAAUCCUUUCUGACUUUGCCUCUUAGGAGUAAUGGAUCUUUCCCUGGUGUGCAGGCAGAAAAAUCUUGUCCCUUUCUCCCUGAAUUGUGACAUGGAAACAUGUGGGGUACCUGGGGAGUCUGUGGGUCUGCAGGGAAGCAAACAGCUGGUUUGGGGUGAGCAGGUGAGCAGAAGGGUUAGGAAGGGGUUCCAGUGACAUUCCAUGGAGGGAUGUGGCAGCGUGUUGUACUGUAGUGUAGGAGAGGAAGGGAGAUUGGAGAGUGGGAGGUGCAGUCCUGCUCCUGGGAUUUUGGGUGAGACAGAGAAGGUACAAAUUGUUUAGUGGCUUGGGAAGGUACAGAGGUGUGAGGAGUGAGCCUGGAGUCAGCCCUGUGGGGAGGUUUUCUAGAAGGGCUGAGGAGCUUUUUCUGAAAGUUCCUGGUGAGACUGAGGGAGAGCCCAGAGUGUGAGGAGAGGGACAGGGGACAGACACACCUGGGGCUCUUUGGCACAAAGGACAUCAGAGAGUGUGUGUGGGCUGCCAGCUUGAGGGGCAUUCCUGCUAAGAGUGCAGCCUGGGGGUCUCAGCAGGUGAGGAGAGGGCACAGCACAGCUGGCUGCCUUUGCCAGGCUCCCCUUCCCGUGCCAGUCGUGGCAACACGAAGGGGACAAAGACCUCCUGUUCUUCCUGCACUGCAGCAAGGCAGCUGUGCUAAGCAGAGGGAUUUGGGGCUCAUGCAGGGUCCCUUUGAGGUUUGGCAGUUUUCUUUCUGUGGUUGGAAGUUGUUUUUUUACAGGUUUUCUCUCUUGUUUUGUACGUGCAACCAGUUCUGUGAAAGUUUUCUAUCCAAACCAAGUGCACGCUGGCAGAAUGAUUGGUUCUUCCCAGUUUGAUUCCUGACCUGGAACUCUUCAAAAAUCCACCUUUUGGCUUCCCUGACUUUCCCCCUUCCUUGGCAAUGACCACACGAGCCUGGGCUUGUUGGUUUGUUCAUCCCUCCCUCAUCCUGCUGUGCUGGGGGCACCAGCAGCAAGGAUCUGACUGGGCCAGCUCUUGGCAAAGCUGAGCCUUGUGCAUCUGAUCACUGGCAGGGGCUGUAUGGGAUGAGAUUAUGCAUUUUCCUGUCACAAGAGGGCUUUUUGCCUAAAAAGACUCAGGGCAUGGAGCAUUAAGACAUUUUUAAACCCAGCAAUAAGUUCUGCCAUGCUCAGCUGUGUUGGUUUGUACCAGCUGCAGUGCCAUCGACGCUCGCUCACCGACACGGUGCAGAACCAGCUUCUCACUGAACUGCAACCAACUUUUUUUCUCAACUGAUGGUCUCUCCAUUUUUGACUUGUACGUGUGCCAAGUCCCAUUGGGCAGUGCUGGACACAAUGUUUUUAUUGACUGUUGGUCCAGGCUUGAGUUUGUCAUAUGGGAUGAUCACCUCUGACAGUUUUAGCUUUCCCUGUUGGGUACAGAUGUUACAUCGUAAUCUAAUUUAUACAAAGAGCACAUUAGAUUGUACAUACUAAGCAUUGCAGAUUUGGACAUGCUAAUAUUUAAAUAUUAACAUUAUUAAAAUGUCUGAUGCAAAAUCUGUGUAAUAUUUCUAAUAAAUCUUUUUCUGUUUCUGA